AUGUGCCCGAACCCGAAUCUUGUCGACAACGAUCCUGAAACGUUGGCGCAUUUUGUCCCGUUGGAUCCCGUUUCUCGCCGUGCGUACGCUCUAUCGUGCAAACAUCUCCCUCCCGCAAUCUUGAAUCACUCUUUGCGUGUCUGGAUCUACGCAGCGACACUCAGCGGGCUUGAGAAGCUCUCUUCUUCUCGACUGCCUCUGCUAUUCACUGCUUGUAUCCUCCAUGAUAUCGGUGCUACCCUUGCUUUCUCCAACUUGGACUCGGAGAAGCUUCAGCGUUUUGAAAUUGAAGGAGCAGACGCGGCAGCGUCUCUUUUACGAGAAGCUGGAGAUUCUUCCAUCUCACAAGAUGAUAUCGAAGAAGUUUGGCGCGCCAUAGCUCUUCACUCUACUCCCCAAAUUCCAGAGCGAAUGGCGGGGCUGGUUCGCAUUGUUCGACUUGCCGUUUUGAGUGAUUUUCAGCGAGGCACUGUUGCUGGGAAGGAAGGGUUACAGGAAGAGACCGAGGCUCAUUUUGAAAGAUUGGAGAUUGAAAAGGUUCUUGGGGAUGCUGUGGUUCAGCAGGCAUUGUGCAGUCGAGUGCCAGAGGCAAAAGCCCCGGCCGCAAGUUGGCCUCACGACUUAUUGAGGGCUCAUCGAGAAUAUCCUGAAUGGGAAGGAGUCAAUAAAGGCUUUUAG